AUGGCUGUUGCAGGUGCGGCGUCGUCUGAAAUGCAAACGAUUGAGCAAAGUAUCCAACGAAUAAAACAUGAUUUGGACCAAUUUGAGGAGAUACUUAAGCGCGCGGAGUCUGGACAUGUUACUGACUCCUUCCUAAAGGAAAAAUAUCACGCCAUUAUUUUGUCAACGAAGGACCUUUCCGUACACUUAAGAGCUCUUCAAACGUAAGCUGCAGUAGUUUCUGAGUGUUAAUUACGAAUAAGGUGGCGUCUUUGUUUGUCUUUGAAGUAUUGGCUGAUUACUUUACAUUCCUUUGUUGUGUGCACCCAGAGAAUCGCACGGCAUGAUGUUUUUUCAAGUUUUUUAGUGUUUGGACUUUUAGUAAGCGCGGUACUUCUGGGUCCGUUGGCGGUCUAAUAUCAUAAUUUACGACUUCAUUAUCUGAGCCACAGUCCAAUUUUGCUUAAUCUGACGAGGAUUUUACAUCGAACUUACGUCGUUUUACUUAGGCGAAUAACCGAUUUUUGCGCAUGCCGACUUUUUCCGUAUUCUAAUCAGAUGUUUAUGCCGUUGGUCACAAUGAAGAUAAGACAAUCAUUCACCGCAGUUAUUGCUGUCUGAUAUCUUAUUAAGUGCGCCGUGGUCACUGUUAUUAGAUCUGCCCGUUAUAGAGCUCGGAAAGUCCUUAUCGGCACUGGUCCUGUGAAACUUGCGCCGAAUGGGUCUUUAAGGUCAGAAUAAUCACAGAAUCAUAAGAAAAGGCUUAACAAUCAGCUUUUCCUUUUAAUUUAUUUAAUUGUGUUAGUUUUCAACGUCAGGGGGCUUCAGGUAAUGGAUAAAGCGUAGGGUCAUAUCGGGAGGACCGUUCACUUGUAGGACGUUCGUAUAGCGGUGGAAGUUCACUUAAUUUCAGUCUCCGGCUUAAAUAAAGAUUGCACUGAUAUGAAGCCUUCCCCAUCGUACCCUGAUCUUAAGACAGAUAUCUGAACUUUAACAACGGUUGCAGAUCUAACCAAAACAAGUGCUACACGGGCGUUCAGCGUUGAAUACACGUUGAUUGUCUUAAACCCAACGGAGUUGCUGUUCGAGAAAUCAUUCGAUGGAUAAGAUAGCGUGACCAUGAUAAUGCCUGGCAGUUUACCUACGCUAAAUUGAAAAGAGAUCCACCAAUCAGGUAGACAUGAGGCGGCUGCGGAAUUUUGAUCCGCCGGCUAGCUAUAGUCAAUUUUAGUAAUAAAUAACGAAUCGGAAAGGUACUUGACUUAUUAAUCUCUGUCAAGGAGCUGGUCUUUCCCCUGCAAUUGAUUGGCGAUCAACUAAAAGACAAACGUCGAAAAAACAGCCAAGAAUCUUGGAGUGGUCUGGUCCAACCUCAGUUUCAAACGUAUGGACAAGUGUUCUAGUCUUACUUGUACUUGGUACGACUGUGAUCAUGUCUGGCCUCCCCGCUCUCGAUAAUGUCCUGGACUGUACUCCUCCACGCGUGACGAUCCGCGGCAGCAGAUCUGCACAGCUCAAACAACUUUUCUCCUCAGUGACGGAGGCCGAAAACUGUGUCGAGCCGGGUUCUGAGCUGACCCUCUCCUCGACGCCUCCAAUAGGCAACGGUGCCGGAUCGAGGGGAGUAACGUUGAACUCCUGGGGUGGCCGAUGAUGAACAUGCCAAACCACCUGAGUCGUCUUUUUUAGAUGAUCUGGGUUAUCCUAGCAAUGUCGCAGCGAGUGCGGACUACAUUUAAGACGAAGUCCAUGUACUUCUCUCGAAGGGUGGUGCUCAGACAGUGAUGGUCAAAUGUCUCCUGUUCUUGUUCGUCCUCCAUGCGCACAGUACAGCAUUCACAACCGUAAGGAUGGACAGGCCGGGCAGAUGCACCGUACACGCGAAUCCUACUGGCGAUGGAGAUGUCGCGUCGGAUCCAUAGACACAUUUUAAGGUUUGAGAAAACUUGGCGUGCAGCAUUAAUUCGGGAGACAACACCGCCCUUCUUCUGUCCAUUUGGCAGCACCCUCGCCCGAGGCGUUUGCAUCUGCCUACUUCUUCAAAUUGACAUCCAUCAAUCUUGAGAGGUGCCUCCUAGUCAGGGAUUCAGCCCGUAAAGACCUUGGUCUUCUCAGUGUUUAUGGAUAAACCGGACGAAUUAGCGACCUUGUUCACCCGUGACGCCAUGUACUGCAGAUCACAAAAAAUCUGAAGCCACUAGGCGAUAUCAUCGGCAUAGUGAGGAUCAGUCAGCCGUUGUCCGGUUGCAAACUCAACACUGUCAUCUUGGUGUAGGGGUCUCCUGAGAACCCAGUCAGUAGCAUAACUAAACAGAAUGGGCAACAAAGUACAGCACUGUCGAACUCCAGACCGAAUGUCCAACGGUUGGAAAAGAUUGUUAUGGACCAGAACUCGUGCAGUGGUGGAGAUGUAGUAGGCCUUGAUCAUGACAAUGGUUUUGGCGACACACCAUCUAGUGCCAUUAUCCGCCAGAGAGACUCACGAUAGACGGGAUCGAACGCGGCGGCAAAGUAAGAACAGCCGGCCGUCGAUUGCUGGUAGCGGUUGCGGAAUUCGAGAAUGCACCUCACUGUGAAUACCUGGUCCGCACAUCCACGUCCGGCUUGGUUUAGCCUCGUUCUAGAGUCACACACAGCCCGAAAUCGCCUGGGAAGGACAAUAGCCAGUGGCUAUACCGUCCUCUCUGGGUGUCUUGUUGUUGCGUAGCCUUUCUAUGGCAUCUGCAACUACUUCAGAAGGGGCUCACAUGACACUAAAUAGGUUGCACAGGGAGGGGACCCCGCUGCAGAGGAGAGGAAGAACGUGGUGGGUUGAGCAUUAAGGUUGAGAUGGUGCUCGAAGUGUUCACACUGAUGCUCGACCUUAGUGGAGUUGUCAACGAUAAAACCGCCAUUCACGUCGCGAACAUAGUCGCUAAGAAGAGAGGGCUUACCACUAAUUUAGCGGACAAGUUGCUGAAGUUUUCUCAUGUUACCGGCGUUCGCUGUCUGCGCCAUGGAGGUCGCUGUUUCAGCCCAAUAUUUCUUCCGGUCAUCUCUAGUCGACUUUGCCAUCACUUUCCGGAGUUGGUGGAAGGAGUCAUCAUCGGGAACCAAGCUACAGACGGCCAAUAGAGUGAUUUUUUAGAGAGUUGCCUAGUCUAGUCCUGUCAUUCCAUAUUGCGGUAACUCAUAGCUGUGUCGCGGCGACUGGGUCCCUUAAUCAGUUCGUUCAGUUGCCUGUAGGUUACUUUGUCUUACUGAUGGUCUGUCAAUGUUAACAUGCAAACAGAAGCGGAAAAGAUGUUAUUAAAGCUCCUUCCUUGGUUAAUGAGUGGUUUCUUCAUAAGCAAUACAUAGUUGGUUUGUUGCGAUAUUGCGGUCGUCAGGCUACUAUAAGAGGCACGUAGGCUGCAUUUAGAGACAUCAGGGUGAGGACUGAUCCUCGAGGCUUGUUUCCCUACCGUCUGGGCCAGAGAUUCGGGCAGCAGACAUGCACGUUGUGUUGAUGAAGACUGCGUGCCGUCAAACGUUGACUACCAGAGUCUAGGAACGUUCAUACAUUCCAGCGUCCGAUAUCAAGGGCCACUUCUUGACUGAGAAAUAUAGUCCACGUACUGUUUGUCUUUCGUCACGGAAUAAGGACCGUGGAGCGCGUCUGUUACCUUGGACACCGUGGCAUGAUUUGCAAUACUUCAGUCAUCCCGUUCAUGAGAUUUCUCAGGAAUUUGUUUGGUAUGAACGAGACCUCGAAUGGUUUGGCUCAGAAAUUAGGCUGUUAGGCAGCAGUGGAAAGUGAAGUUUAGUGGCAGUUUACGGCCGCCGCUCCACCGUCGCCGAGCUUUGUGGGAAUUAAUAAGUCGUCACGCCAGCUGUCAAUCCUCCGCGUCUAGGCCGUACCGCUACAGAUGAUCCGUGACUGUAGAUUCGUUAGACCGGAUAUCCUGCCAACUUUUGCCGCUGUAGACGUGUCGGGUAAUCAGCAGAUAGACUAGCAGGCGAUCCCGUCUUCCUGAUGAGUCCGUUAAAUAGCAGUCGACUAGGUCAUCCUGCCAUGCUAACAUAAGCCGCUGGCUAAAUUCCAUCUUAUCUACUACUUUUCUAUUUCUCGUUUUAGUCCCAGUACGCCAAUUGUAAGAUGAAUAAAACCCUGUUAUAGGAUAUUCUCGUUCUGACUCUUGCAUCCUUAUUUGUUCGUCCUCUCCAUCUCGUGUGCUUGCUACGGUCCUAGCUACAACACAUCCCUCUAACCGGAUUGGCCGCCGACCUAAGAAUUAUUACUUUCUCCAACCAAGCACCACUGAAACGGCGCCUACGGUCUUCUGGUUAAGACACGAACCAAUAUUCUCGUCAUCCGUAGGUAAUUCCACCAACUCAGGACAAAGCUUGUGGGUGCCAUACACUACGCUUGUUUGGACACGCCUCGAAUACUGCUAACUGGCGUGGUCUCCAUACCUCGUACGUGACAUAGAGACCGACAACAACACAAGCAGGCUUUUUUGCCUCAUUUGUUAUCUGAGUGGGGUCAGACUACCUGCGCCUAGGCAAAGGCGACAGUACGCAGACCGUAAAGGAAUGUGUAAGGUAGUCCAUUUGGAUAGACGAUGUGUGGUGGAAGUAACUUUUUCAGCCUAGUCACGCGUGUAGUUUUCGAAGGCGCCCUCAAAAGCCACUCAAGACCCCAUUGAGUACACCAUUUCGACUGUUCGUUUUUUGCAGUUGGUUUUCAAACCCUGGGACGGGUUAUUUGAGGACAUUGCUAUGUCCCCAAACCCAGAUUGUUUUCAUUUUUCGUGGGAGUCCAGGCAGUGCACAGUGAAAAGUAGGUCUGCAUAGUCUGCAGUAUAAGUCGUCGCUCUCACACUAAUUCCCUCCCUUGCGCAUAAGAGUUUUUUUUAAGAGGAAGCAGUAUCUGCUCGUUUCCCAUGCCUUUUUGGCGCGCUUUUGUCUUACAUUUCAACAGUCAACCUUGUUGGUUGUAAGUGCUAGCGUCCUUGCCUCACCGUCUGCUAGUUACGCCGCGCUUAACUACUCCUUUCUGGAUUUCUGAUGAGUGCGUCGGAACUUUGCUUGGGUUUCGUACCCGUAGCAGACGUGCAACAACAAUGUAUUGCGAGCCCUGGUUCCUGAAUACUUACUUACUUGAUACGGCUGCGAUCAUGUCUGAUCUAGCCGGCCUCGAUGAUGUCCCGAACCGUACCUCUCCACACGUGACGAUCUGCGGCAGCGGAUCUGGACAGCUCAAACCAUUCUCUUCUCCAGCGACGUAGAUCGAAUACCGAAGGUCCAAGAACCAUCACCAUGUCUUGACGAACUGUGUCGAGCCAGGUUUUGAACUGACUCCCUCUUCGACGCCUCCAAUGGGGCAACGGUGCCGGAUCGAGGGCAGUAACACUGAGCUCCUGAGGUAGACAACGAAGAACAUGCCCGAACCACUUCAGUCGUCUUUCUUGGGUGGCCUGAGUUAUCUUUGCGAUGCUUUCGCAGCGAGUGCGGAUUGUCUCGUGUGAGACGAAGUCGGUGAACUUCACUCGAAGGAUGGUCCUCAAGCAGUGGUGGUCAAACACCUCCAGUUUUCGCUCGUUCUGCACCGUAGAGAAGCACAGACCGGGCAGGUGCACGGUACACGUGGCGAUGGAGAGGUCACAUCGGUUCCAUAGGCAGACGUGCAACAACAAGGUAUUGAGAGCCCUGAUUCCCGGAUAUACCCUACGUCUUUGCCUCCGACUACCUGAUUGACACACUUUUGUUCGCGGAUUGCGUAUUCUUCGGGAUGUUUUUGUUAUGUCGUAUGUGUUUUGUCGAUGGCAUUUAAGUCGCACUCCAAGUCAGUCGUCAUGGGACGAACGGGCAGCCGGUUGUGAUCCCACAGCCCAGAUGCUUAUAGUUAUUUUGCUGAACUUCAGUUUACCGGCGUUAUCUGCUCGAGGCGACGGGUGGCUUUAACUCCCGCGUCAUUCUGACCCAUGUUUGGAACCGGAUUUGCCGUUCCAAGGGUCAAUCACGCCUCAAUUUCGAACUUGUUUCCAGCCAACAGGUGUCUGUUGUCCCUCCUCCAUGCAGAACCCAAACCUCCUGAGUUAACUGCUUCACUAAAAGCCCAUGUAUUAGGCGAGGGGCGGCCGCACUUUUUUUUCCGAAUCCGGUCGGUUGAACAGGAAAAAUCGUCUUCAACAGAGUUGCCUAUUUCCAUUUCCUUCCCACAUUCGAAUCCGCCUUAUAGUCGUCUCACUGAACCUUCUUUUCAAAUGGUGCCCUUUCUGUAUUAAAUGACCGGUUUGUAAUUCUGCAGACAUGAACUCACGUUUAGGAGACAUUACUAACGCAUCGACGACCAAUCCUAGCAAACACUCCGUUCUUCCUUGCAGGGCAUCGCAUGCGCUGGGCGAACCAAGUGAAACACGAGUUCGAGCUCGCCAGCUUAAUGAGCAGGCAAUGGCUCAGACUGCCCGCAUUCAACGCUUUGGACGGGAGGUACAACGUGUAUCGGAGUCGCUGGCGCGUGCGGCUGCGAUGCAGGGCGACCGCAGUGCUGUCGGAGGUGGCUCGGCAGAUCUGAUGGGGUUUGAGGGUUCGUGUGCUUGACCUUUGUCAUGUCUUAGCAUUCCUUGACGUCGUAUUAGGGGAUUUUGAACUUACCAAUGAACAGUUCUUCCUCUACCCACCACCAGUGUCUGAUAGCCCCCGAAUGAAACGAAUUUUGUUUCAUAUUUUGUCCCUCGCGACCUCUACGUAAGCCGCCGUCUGUCGUCGGACUACAUCUACCCGUUAGCUAGAUACAGUUAUUGUCACAGUAGGUUGCAUGUUCUUUGUCUCCUCAAAAUUGAUUACAUUUUUGCCGAUAAACUUGUCCACCCCUAGACGAAAGGAUGUUGCUGCGGAAUUUCUCUGUCCCCGCCUCUGGUUGACUAUGUAAGACAAUGUUAUAUACCAGUUCAGGAACGCUCAAAUGAGGUGGUGGAUGUCGCAAGCAUACGUUGCUGAAUGCUAAAGAAACGUAAACCGGCCGCAGUUUGUUUUUUAUAUUUUGUUCGGAUAUUGCCUCAAUCGUGACAAAUGUGGCUCGCACCGGUGGUGCCGCCUCUGCGUUUCGAUCUACUGUGGGCUGAUAGACGAGACUUCUAAAUACGACGGCCCAUGAACCAUUUCAGCAUUUUCAGAGUACAAGGUGUAAUAACCGACAGAAGACCGGGGGCGGGAGAGGACACAGGUGACCAGAACGGCGAAAAACCGCACUUAGGCGUACCACCAACUUCCCCGGUCCACAACGUACACUGACCGGAAUUCUGACCACAGUAAGAAGAAUAGGGGGAGACAGCUGGGAUCUCAAUUGGCGUGACACGAACCUGCACGUGGGCGUGCACUCACACCCCAAUGUUAGCAUUUUUUAUGGAUGCGUAUUCCUGAUAACGCCUGCCGGACUUCGAUCUAGUCCCCUUGUGCUGGUCCAGCGCACCUACCGCUUGGCAACUUUUAGGGACAACGAUGUAAGAACCACUUCAAUUCUCACAGGCGGCUUGACUUAUCGUCGUCGUUGUUUCUCAAUAAGUCCGGUCCGUCAGGUUUAACGUGGAGUUCUCAUGCUUCGUGGAGGUAUGACGUUCUGACUCUAUCCGGCAGGUUAACUGCUUUAUUAAUUUUUGUUACAGAGUUUGCGGCUGCUUUUAAACACUAGGUCAUUUUCUCCUGUCAAGAGAAACACUAACGGGGUAUCGAAAGUCCCUGAGUUCUGUAAUAUGGCCGCUUCUGACACCCCUUACUAAUGACGAUUCUCAAGGACCCUUGCCGAAUCCGGCUUCAUCCUGAAAAGGAAGCCCACCGUUUGUAAUCAGGACCUCGUGAGCCGUCUUUAGCAGCGUAUAGAUUGAGAGCGGCUGGCGUUUGAAUUAGGUUUUAUUGCUUGUCUAGGUGUUCAAGACAGCUCACCUUGUCAAUAAUGAGACAGCUUUUGUUAGGUCUGAUCUUAUCCCAGGUUUGUAUAGAUCUGUUCUUUGGGGGCCGACGUAUAAGGUGCGCUAAUGACCACCGGGAAACGCUUUUCAUUCCAGACCUUCACCAACAACUUUUCUCAUGACUGCAAGUUCAAUCCCAGGGCUUAUGCCAGAGGUUUAUCGUCUUUCACAGUGCGUAGGCUCGUCCGGGUCCCUAGCUUCUUAGGUCAUUUAAUAGUCGAGUUUGCUGUCAAACCGGCCAAUUGUGCCCUAGCAUUCACUCCCUAAAACGGGCCGCGCGGUAGUUGCGCUGGACCAACACGGAGGCUAGAUCGAAGCCUGGCAGGCGUUAUCGAGAAUACGCACUCAUAACAAUUGCCCACAUUGGGAGUUCGGUGGCACAUCCAUGUACCGGCCCACGCCACGCCCUAUUUUUUGCUGUGAUAUAAAGUCCCGGUCUGUCUGUUUUGGACGAGAGGGUGUGGUGGUACGUCUAGGCGCAGGUCUUCGCCACGCCAUCCACCUGCGCCCUCCCCCCGCCUCCGGUCUUCCUGACUUCGUCUAGCAACCGGACCCGACCGAACUGUCAUUCACCAACUUAGGUGGUUCAGUCACGUGUUGCGCCAACCUAAAGGCAGAAUAGUUCGCGACUUUAUUUCGUCCGAAUUCGACCUUAAUUGGCGACGUCGUCGGGGCGGCUAACUGAAGACACCAGUGGCCGUAGCGAAAGCUGGCCACGAGCGCAUCUCUGACCCUACGUACAGAUUGACCCGAUUUUCAUCGGAAUCUGCCGCCGACUACUUGCAAUAGGGAGUGCUUGUUUGUGAUUUGGUCAAGCUAAAACAUGGAGCCGUUUGAAUCAGUUAUGAUGACUGCCGUCGAAACUAUAAGCUAAUGAUUUCACCUACUGAAAGUCGUCUACCGUCAGGCACGCGGAGCGGAUAAGCAGGCAGUUUAAUGUGACGAAUUGAAAAGUGUUGCUUAAUUCCGGGUGGAGCAGCGUUGAUAGCUUUCCAUGCUACGACCGUUUUUGUUGUUCACUAUACGUCAGAUUUAUUAUUUUGACGAUAGAUCGCAAGCCGUUAGCCACACUCUCUCUUCCCCAGACGCACGGACGCAAUGGUCGACAUAGGCCACCGUUUCUGUCUUUCACUUCUUACAGGCCUGGGCUGUUACCGUCAGUUUGACCCUCUUAAACGACGAUGUCCACCAUGUGCCCCAUGGCGCGGCUGGCUCAGAGGUCGUGAGUUGCGCGUUAAUUAGUUUAUGGUAGUAGAAGAAGACUUGCUCUGAGCCUACCACUCUCUCUCUCUCUCUCUCUCUCUCUCUCUCUCUCUCUUCACCCGUCCACUUGGGUCCGGUGUCAACACGGAGUCAAGAAGAUCGUAGGCGGGAUCGGGUACAUGUGGGUGGCGCGGUGAGAGCCUGCGCCUUGGCGUGACACUGUAGCCCUCUCAUGUACGGCAUUUGUUAGGGGUGCACAGCUCAAUAACGCGUGACUCACUGGUCCCGCCGUUUGGUCCAGCGCAACUCCCGCGUGGCCCGCCGUAGGGAGCAAACACAACCGCCACCAGUAGUUUGGACAACAACAACAAUUUCUUCUUCUACUACUACUACCGCUACUACUGCUACUACUACUACUACUACUACUACUACUACUACUACUACUACUACUACUACUACUACUACUACUACUACUACUACUACUACUACUACCAUUACUGCUGCUGCGACUGCAACUACUACCACUGUUGCCACUACUGCUACUGUUAGUGAUAAUAUUGGUACUGUCAUAAUAAUCGUCAUGACAGCGGCGUCGUACAAUCGAAUAUGGAGUGAAAUUCCACUUGUUUUUGAUAAGCACCCCGUGUGACAGCCUACAUCUCGCGUGGCCUAGAUAAACAAGGCCCUAUUCAGACGCUGAAAGUGUAUGAGAUUGUCACUGUGCGGCAGGAAUACUGGAUGAAUGAGUAGUCAUCCACAUGCGUGACUAUCUGCACAACACGCGACGCGCCACUGUUUCAUUAGCUACGUGAUCCGUCGACUUUCCUGACUGGACGCGGAGCGUGCGUUAUUUCAGCAUUAGCGGGGGCGGAGGGUCAUCGUAAACCAUCAGAAACUUGCAAGUAUGGUUCGUCGUUGCGCGCGUCAUGCCGGAGUUUUAGUCUUCCGAUUGAAUCCUCCCUGGUUGAUCGCUGUGCGAAUUAUAGGCUGCUGACUGCAGUGGAGUCGACCAGCAGUCUGCCGACAGGGACAUUCCAGGGUGCUGAUUGACAGACGCCGAGGAAGAAAGUCGGGAUUUUUGCCUGCUAGUCCUUCCCCUAUCGGCACAUCUCGCCUCAUUUUUUUGCAAGCAGAGUAUCCUUUUGGAUCGGACCUGCAAAGGCACACUGCAUAGGAUUCACUCCAAGUUCGAGCACUAAUUUCUGCGUAAACUAAAAAGCUCCACACAGUAUCAUUUUGCGGACAUUUACACAGAUACCACAGCUUCCUGGUCAGACUUCCGCCGUCAAUUUCUUUUUUGAGAGUAGCAUGGGCUAGCUGUUUCUGCCUUUUUACAAGUCGACUUUAGACCAAUGGUACAGUCAACUUUUUGUUUUAUUCAAAAAGGGAGAUAUCGCGGUUGUACUUGGACGCCCCUAUCUAAUCUGCUGGAAUUAGACUUGAAGAAACUUUCCAAAUACCGAUUUAAUACGGAACGAAUUUAGGUUUCCAACCGUCGAGUCUGCAGACGUAGAUUGAUUCCGAAUAAUCUUUUUGGGAAUAACCCGGACUCAUAAUCGCCUGGUCCCCAUUCUUUUGCACAACGCCGCGAGACUUCAUACUGCUGUAAACGAGUUGCGACAUGACGGCACAUCGCGCCUCAUUUUUUGCAAGUAGAGUAUCCCUUUGGAGCGGACCUGAAGAGGUACACUGCAUAGGAUUCACUCCAAGCUCGAGCACUAAUUUCUGCGUAAACUAAAAAGCUCAACACAGUAUCAUUUUGCGGACAUUUACACAGAUACCACAGCUUCCUGGUCAGACUUCCGCCGUCAAUUUCUUUUUUGAGAGUAGCAUGGGCUAGCUGCUUCUGCCUUUUUACAAGUCGACUUUAGACCAAUGGUACAGUCAACUUUUUGUUUUAUUCAAAAAGGGAGAUAUCGCGAUUGUACUUGGACGCCCCUAUCUAAUCUGCCAGAAUUAGGCUUGAAGAAACUUGCCAAAUACCUAUUUGAUACGGAACGAAUUUAGGUUUCCAACCGUCGAGUCUGCAGACGUAAAUUGACUCCGAAUAAACUAUAUUAGUUGAAAUCUGCUCAGAUUGGCAAAUUUGAGAGACCCGGAUUGAUGAUUUGAAAAAAAGAUGGGCUCACCGGAACGGGUUUAUUUAGGUGCUGACGUUUCGAAGAUCGUGGUCGGCUCCCCAUUGUCAAAACGUAACACGCACUUAACCGACGGGAAUCUGAAAUCUAAACCAUUAGUACUCGUCUAAUUCCGUAACGAUAUAUCUUGAGAGUUUUGUAGCAGAUGAUUUCGUGGAAAGUAAUUUUUUCCAAUAUCCAACUGCCUAAAGAGGUGAUUCGUCGACGAGGGCUCUGAUGAGUGUACCCGUUGAGGGAAAGUGUCGUAACCCUACGUCUUCGAGAUUUGCAUUUUAUGGGACUUACGACAGCAUUUUUUUUGCCAUCAUGCAUCCGUCCAGAUUCAUGUAGCUGUGGUAGAUGUUUCCGGCGGCAGACCAUCAAAUAAGUCAUGACUUUCGACGCGGCCUCAGUUUAGGAAAGCGUUUUUAGCGCUGACUCCUGAUGGUUGUUUAACAAGGUCCAUAUUUACCUACGUCCUAAUUGCAUCAACAGGUGUACCCUUCUUGUCGUUCAAGUUAACCAUGGAGCAUACCUCGCCCCGACACAUUAGUUGCCUUUCGUUCACUCAUUGUGCAACUCAUCUGUUGAGCCGCCGCACCCUUCUGUGACAAACAAAGUUUGCAAUUUUUUCGCUACCUCCUCAGUAGUUUCAUGUGGGUCUGCAUCAUUCACUGUCCUCGACUGUCAUAAUUUUCAUUUUUGCGUCUUUGGCCCGUCUGAAAUGGGAAGUGAGAAGCAGUCAGGGCAGAACCCUUCCAAAUGAUGUUACAUAUAAUAUAAAAGUUAUUUAACGAUGAUUUUAGACUUGCAAACAAGAAAAAAGGCAGAAGACGAUUGUGUACCAAUCUAUAGGGUGCGGCGCACCUCGGCGACUCAGGCGUUCCGCUCAUUCGCCACGUCGGACUGCCGAUUAGUUCAGGAAAUUGACCUGCGACAGCACAAUGCUCGGCUUCUUGCCUGAAAUGGCCUCAGCCAUCGAAAGGUGUUUCGCCCUGGGCCUACCAACUUAAACCGGGGGAGGGGGGGGGGUGGGAUUGUUAUCAAGACGCUGAAUACCGCUUGGGAGUCGGUCUGCAAUGACUCCUCACCGUGGCCGUUAUAUAAAUCGCCCGCCUGUCUGGGACCUCAGAUCCUCUUAUUGCAACCUGGCACUUAUGAAAUGAGGACCUAGUCGUGUGUGUAGCACGCGUAGACAGGCACUUUGGCUCAGUCGGCCAUUUUGGCCACGCUCACCGGCGAUGGCAAAGCGGCAGGUAUGGGUUGAUUGAGGAGGGUGGCUGUGACAAAAGUCUGCUCCGGUAUGAGCAAACUGCGGUUUGCAUCUUUGCUUUUCUCUGACAAAAAUUUUAUUCUCAAAUAUCUCGAGAACCCGCCACAAAAGGAGUUUGUUAUACUCACGUGAGUAUUCACCGCCAUUGUAUACCUUAUGGUUUAUGCGAUUCCUACGAAAACAUAUGUUUGUCUGAAUUCGCGGAGUGAAGUCCUUUCCCUUCUUUUCCCCAAAGUAAAUGUUCUACUUAGCACACAGUGGAUACGUGGGGAUUGGGCCAUGUAAUUAUUUGCAUGGUGAAGCUCUUAACUGCCAGUCGCGGUCCCCUUCCUAACAGGUUGCCUCAUCCUAACGUCGCCCGGCGCGAAUUUAGAAAGUUUGCCGUUAAUUAUCGUCCCACCGCACAUGCUUUCUGGCUGUGUUCCCCAUCCCAGUCGUUAAAAAAUUAUAGACGUUAUCAAAUAUCUACGCUCAUAAGAAAUCCAGAGGACCAAAAUAUGACGCUUCUAGUAUGGUGAACCAGCAGCCGAUGUCACUUCGCCCUCCAGUUUUUGUAGUCCACCCCAUCAACUUAUACCCGCAGACGAUUACAAUCUGGGUGGUUUUUCCGACAUGUUGGUCUCCCGUUUUCAGUGCCUGUGACUGCUUUUUUGUCCUUUACGAUUUUACCAGUCCCUACUAGGGGCAACACAGGAGACAUAGUGGUGAAUUUCUUCCAUUUUUUUAAAUUUUGACAGGCCAACCCGCCCCUCAACAGACGAUGCUGCAAAUUGAAGAUGAAGAACAACGCGCCCGGGAGAUGGAGGCCCUGGAGUCCGAUAUCGUCCUUGUUAAUGAGCUCUUCACCACCCUUGCAACCUACGUUCAUGACCAGGGCGAGUUGGUGGACUCGAUCGAGGCCAACACGGAGGCUGCCUAUGUUCAGGUUAGCACUCGAAACUCGACCAAUCAGAAGAGGCGCGAACAGCGCUCGUCACUCGUCGUUAGUCAUUAGUUUUUUUUGUAACUUUGAUAGCGCAUCUUCCUGUUUCGUGCUCUUCGGCCAUACGCGGAAAAGCUUUGACAUCUGAGAGCUUUAUCUUGAUUGCGAGAAGGAAUACAGACGAUUCCAAUUUGCCUCAGAGCGGAGCGUUGCCGUAUGGUAAAUUGGCCUGAGUUCGAACCUCGGGUGCGCCAGCCCCUGGGUGGGAUAGUGGAUUGCUUGCUGUUGACGAAUUAUAAACUGGAAGCGGCCCCGCUAGUCACUUCGCGCUAUUCCUAUAAAAACAGCACUACGUACUUACUCCUUUAAAGUAGUAAUAUUGUUUACCUUUUAGGUUCAAAGCGGCGUUCAGCAACUCAAUUCCGCUGUUGUCCACAGAAAAUCGGCUCGUCGUCGGAAGUGCAUCUGCGCACUCAUUUUCAUUGUCUUGAUUGUGAUAAUCGGCCUCAUCAUUGGCCUGUCCUUGAGAAGUAACUCUUAGUGCCAGAUGCCGGUGCUCUUGCCCAUAUACCCUGACUAAAUAUGCCAUAUCUUGACUUCGACUCUCUCGAUUAUCUCCGACGUCCAGAUUGA